GUCCCUCGUGGUUGACCGUCGACAUGGCGCACUACAACUUCAAGAAAAUCACGGUGGUGCCGUCCGCCAAGGACUUUAUUGACCUGACAUUAUCGAAGACUCAACGAAAGACUCCAACGGUUAUUCAUAAACAUUACCAAAUUCAUCGCAUUAGACAUUUUUACAUGAGAAAAGUCAAAUUUACUCAACAGAAUUACCAUGACAGACUUUCACAGAUUCUAACAGAUUUCCCCAAAUUGGACGAUAUCCAUCCAUUUUAUGCUGAUUUGAUGAACAUUCUCUAUGACAAGGAUCAUUACAAGUUGGCUCUAGGACAAAUAAAUAUUGCCAAAAAUUUAGUGGACAAUGUUGCUAAAGAUUAUGUGCGGCUUAUGAAAUAUGGAGACUCUCUCUACCGCUGUAAGCAGCUGAAGCGUGCCGCCCUGGGGCGAAUGUGCACUAUUAUCAAAAGACAGAAACAGAGUUUGGAGUAUUUGGAACAAGUGCGUCAGCACCUGUCCCGUCUGCCAACUAUUGACCCGAACACAAGGACCCUGCUUCUGUGUGGGUACCCAAAUGUUGGCAAAUCCAGCUUCAUCAAUAAGGUGACAAGAGCAGAUGUGGAUGUCCAGCCUUACGCAUUUACCACCAAGUCUCUGUUUGUUGGGCACAUGGAUUAUAAAUACCUGCGGUGGCAGGUUGUAGAUACCCCAGGGAUUUUGGACCACCCUUUGGAGGACCGGAACACAAUCGAAAUGCAGGCCAUCACGGCCCUGGCCCACCUGCGUGCCGCAGUGCUGUACGUGAUGGACUUGUCUGAGCAAUGUGGGCAUGGGCUACAGGCGCAGUUGGAGCUCUUCCAGAACAUCAGACCUCUCUUUGUCAACAAGCCUCUUAUAGUUGUAGCAAACAAAUGUGAUGUGAAGAGAAUUGCAGAGCUUCCAGAAGAUGACCAGAAAAUAUUUAUAGAUUUGCAGGCUGAAGGAUUUCCUGUGGUAGAGACCAGCACGCUGACGGAGGAAGGCGUUAUCAAAGUGAAAACAGAGGCUUGUGACCGGCUCUUGGCUCAUCGAGUUGAAACCAAAAUGAAAGGAAAUAAAGUGAAUGAGGUGCUGAACAGAUUGCAUUUGGCUAUGCCAAACAAAAGAGAUGAUAAGGAAAGGCCCCCAUUUAUCCCAGAAGGAGUGGUGGCUCGAAGGAAGAGAAUGGAGAUUGGGGAGCCUCGGAGGAAGAGGGAACGCGAUAUCGAAUUGGAACUGGGAGAUGAUUAUAUUUUGGAUCUUCAAAAGUAUUGGGACAUAAUGAAUUCGUCCGAAAAGUAUGAUAAGAUACCUGAGAUCUGGGAAGGCCACAAUGUAGCUGAUUACAUUGAUCCUGACAUCAUGCAGAAAUUGGAAGAGUUAGAAAAAGAAGAAGAGCUAAGAACAACUGCUGGAGAGUAUGACAGUGAAUCAGAAAGUGAAGAUGAAGAAAUGAUGGAAAUCCGAGAGCUGGCAAAAGAAAUCAGAGAAAAGAGGAAGUUGAAAAUUCUGCAGUCCAAAGAGAAGAACACACAGGGACCCAGAAUGCCACGAACUGCUAAGAAGGUUCAGCAGAAAGUCAUGGAGAAUGAGAUGCGCAGCCUUGGUGUUGACAUGGACAAUAAUGACAAUGCCCAUUAUGUAGUCCAGGCCAGAAGGUCUCGAAGUGUCACUAGGAAAAGGAAGCGGGAAGACUCUGUCCCGCCCACGUCCGUUGCCCGGAGUCGCAGUUGCUCUCGAACUCCACGUGAUGUGUCUGGUCUUCGGGACAUCAAGAUGGUGAAGAAAGCCAAGACUAUGAUGAAGAGUGCUCAGAAGAAGAUGAAUCGCUUGGGGAAGAAAGGGGAGGCAGACAGGCAUGUGUUUGAUAUGAAGCCCAAGCACUUGCUCUCUGGGAAGAGGAAAGCUGGUAAGAAGGACCGGAGAUAGUGUUUGUCCUUCUCAGCUGAAGCAGUUUGGCUAGACUGUUGUUUGUGUCUUGGUUUGAUAUGGUAAGGUUUCGCAAAAUUGGAGUCAUGAUCUGUAAACCAGAGACAACAGUAAAAUAACUAUAGCACCUGCUGCUUUCCUCAAAACUAUGGGUAACCCUCAAUGAUACAGGUGUGAGCAGUUUCUAUCACUGCGUAAUACUGCAAACAUUUUGAGUAGACUGGUUUCUGCAUUUAAUGGACUUUUGAUUGCAUCAGAUUUGCAGAAGUGGAAAGGGUUAUUGGUGAGAUUGUUCUUUUUGAUGGAGAAAAGUCUUGUUCUCUUUAGUAAGGGGGAACUUUGGUUUGGUUCCCUGCCUGAGAAGAGUCCUUUUUUGCGGUGGGCAGUAGGAUGCCAGCACUAAAUUAUUUUCCAGUCUUUUUGUACAAUGUACCAUUGUAAUCUAUCUUCAACUAUUUUAUCAGAA